AUGGCCCCAGCUUUUUUUUCUGACAUUUCCAAAAACAUCAACGAUUUGUUGAAUAGAGAUUUCUACCACAACACCCCAGCAUCUGUUGAUAUCAAAACCACUGCUCCAAAUGGUGUUGCUUUCACUGUCAAGGGUAAAACCUCUCCAUUAGACGGUUCCAUUGGUUCCAAUGUGGAAGCCAGAUUUGCUGACAAGGCUACUGGCUUGACUUUAACCCAAAGUUUCAGCAAUGCUUCUGCUUUGAAUACCAAAAUCGAAUUAGCUAACUUGACACCAGGUUUGAAAACUGAAUUAAUUACUGCCUGUGUUCCAGGAACCUCUAAAGCUGUCAAGUUAAAUUUGAACUUUGUUCAACCUUUUUUCACUGCUAGAGGGUUUUUCGACCUAUUGAAGGGUCCAUCUUUCAUUGGUGAUGUUACUGUUGCUCGUGAUGGUUUUAUUGCAGGUGCUGAGGUCGGUUAUGAUAUUGCUUCUGCUACCGUUUCUCGUUACUCUGCUGCCUUAGGUUACACUGCUGGUGCUUACUCCAUUUCCUUAGCUGCUAACAAUGCCCAAGUCUUUACUGGUUCUUUCUUCCAAAAGGUUUCUCCAAUUGUCCAAGUCGGUGCUAAGACCACUUAUUCUGCUGUUUCUAACAGUAAUGCAAUUGAAUUUGCCACUAAAUACGAAUUGGAUUCAUUAUCUUCUGUUAAAGCUAAGAUUGCCGAUACUGGUAUUGUUGCGUUAUCUUAUAAGCAAGCCUUGAAUCCUGCUGUCACUUUAGGUGUUGGUGCUUCUUUUGAUGCUUUGAAAUUGGAAGAACCAAUUCACAAAUUAGGCUGGUCUUUAUCUUUUUCAGCUUAG